AUGUCCCGCAACCGCCCUCGACCCCGAGACAAUGGAUUUGGCAACAACGAGGAGAUGGAGCUGUGGACCAAGAUAUGCCAGGAUCUCCGCAAAUCCAAGGAGAAAUUUGACCAGCAAGCGUCUUUAUCGGUGCAAAUUAAGACCCUAGUCGACAAAAUCUCCCACGAUGGGAAUAGGCCCAAUAUGACUGAACACGACCAGCUCGACAACUGGUUGCGACAAAGCCAGAAACUCAGCGAGGAGGAACGAUCAAUUAUGCAGGACGAGCCCUGUGAUGUGAUUAAGAACUUGGAACUACUUACAGCACUACGCAAAGCAUCUGAGGCGGAGGCGCCGCCGAAUCGUUCUACAUCACUCUCCAAGUCUCGCAAGAAACGAACCGACAUGGAGGGCUCGGCUACCGACUCCCCGGGGCCCUCGGGUGUUGAUAAGGCCGGGCGCGGCAAGGGUGGGGUUCCGCGUAGCACAAGCGUGUCGAGCACGCAGGCCCGCGAAGGUCGUGGCGACGGGGUUUCCGUGAAGGUUGAAGAAGGGACCGAGGGCACCAAAGGGACUGUCGCCGAGCGCAGCGGCCUGCUGGUGGUCGGAGCCCAGGUUGUGUUCAAGCACAAUAAGAACAAGCAGGGGGUCGAGGGCGAGGGCAUUCAAUGCAUUAUCAAGGGCAUUUCUGGUGACGGACAGAAAAAACGUUACGAUGUGCAGGAUCCCGAGCCCAACGAGAAUGGCGAGCAGGGUGCGGUCUACAAGACUACUGCCGUCUCUCUGAUUCCGAUUCCCCAGAUGGGCGCUUCCUUGUCUGCAUUCCCCGUUGGCAAGCAAGUUCUCGCUCGAUACCCCGACACCACCACAUUCUACCGUGCGGAGGUCAUGGGGUCUAAAAAGGAUGUCUACCGUUUGAAAUUCGAAGGUGAGGAGGACGACAAGGAGAUGGAAGUUGACCGACGCUUUGUCCUGGACAUUCCAGGAAAGUAG